AUGCCAAGCUCGAUAGUCAUCGAAAAUGGCUUCAACCCCAACGCCAAAUGCGUAAAGCCCACCGAAACAUUUAGCGGCGACGUCUUCUUGGACCCUAUCCACAUGGGCACUGACGCAUCGAUUGCAAAUGUCACAUUCACACCUUGUGCCCGAACACAUUGGCAUACGCACGAGAAAGGCCAGAUGAUCAAGGUUGUCGCCGGUAGUGGCUGGAUCUGCGAUAAAGGAGGUGUUCCACAGCGCUUGAAAACUGGUGAUGUUGUUUGGGCUUCGGCUGGAACUACCCACUGGCAUGGAGCAGAUGAUUCUAGUAUUAUGACGCACUUUGUCAUUGGAGUUGGGAGUACUGUUUGGCAUGAUGCUGUGACUGAUGAAGAGUAUAGCCAGAAAGCCAAGAAUUAA